GCCCAGGAUUUCAUCCGAUGUAGAUGUGAAGCAUUUAAACCAGAAACUCUGAAUUCAAGGGGCGCCCAAGGAAAUGAGGUUUUUAGGUACGUGCGCUUCUACCUGGGCUGUCACAGGAACAGCCUCUCCCAACAGGUGAAAGCCGGGAUCGGUCUCCGAGACACCUGGAAGGGCUGCUUGCCUAAGGACGGCGGGAUCAGCAAUUCCUGCCGGCCCCCGGUGGCUGGGCAGCGGGCUGGGGCACCUCCUGGCAGACCCGCCGCCGCUAAUGCCGCUCGAGAGCGCAGUCGGGUUCAAACCCUGCGCCAUGCCUUCCUCGAGCUGCAGAAGACCCUCCCCUCUGUGCCGCCCGACACCAAGCUCUCCAAGCUGGAUGUACUCCUCCUGGCCACCACCUACAUCGCUCACCUCACUCGCAGCCUUCAGGAUGAGGAAGAGGCACCGGGAGAGGGUUUGGGUACCCUCCGAGGGGAUGGAUACCUCCACCCUGUCAAGAAGUGGCCGAUGCGUUCCAGGUUAUACAUUGGAGCUACGGGACAGUUUUUGACUCACUCGGCGCAAGGAGACGGCACAAACCAAGGGGAAACAUCAACAGCUUCGCAAAUCUAA